AGACACGGAGAGACAGACACGGAGACAUAGACACGGAGAGACAGACACGGAGAGACAGAUACGAAGAGACAGACACGGAGAGACAGACACGGAGACACAGAGAGACAGAUCGAGAUGGACGAGUAUGAAAUUGUGGAAGACGAGCCUUGGUACGAUCAACGCGACCUGGAACAGGACCUCCAGCUGGCGGCCGAGCUGGGAAAGACGCUGUUGGAGCGCAACACGGAGCUGGAGGAGACGCUGCAGCAGAUGUACGCCGCCAACCAGGAGCAGGCGCAGGAGCUCGAGUACCAGAGCCGGCAGGCGGAGCUGCUCCGCCAGGUGAACGAGCAGCACGCGCGCGUGUACGAGCAGCUGGAUGCCGCCUCGCGCGACCUCGAGGUGGCCAACCAGCGGCUACUGCUCGAGAACAAGGCCGGCCAGCACCGGGUGGAGAGGCUCACCGUCACCGUGCAAGACCUCCAGGACCAGGUGGAGGAGCUGCAGCUGCGGCUGGAGGAGUUGUCGGCGCGGGGAAGGGGGUCGCACCCGGGCAGGGCGCACGCCCGCGACGCGCGGGACCUCACGGAGACCCCCAGGGGGUCGUCCGUGCCGCGCAGGAGCGCGUCGUGCGGGGCGCUGCCGGACCGCCCCGUGUCGUCCGGGCACCGCGGCCACCACGAGCGUCGCCGCCUCCCGCCGUCGCCGCCGCCGCCGCCGCCACGCGACUUGGCCUCCGAGCUGGCCCUCGAGCGCCGCCGGCGCCUCGCGGCCGAGGCGACCCUCGAGUCGGCCGACCGCGACCGCAGCGCGGCCCUCGCGGCGCUCGCGGAGGAGCUGCCGGCCGCCCGCGACCGCGCCGCCGCGCUCGAGGCCGAGCUGCGGGAGCUGCGGGCGAGGGCCGCCGCCCGCCGCCGGCGCGACGGCGCCGCCGCCGCCGCCGGCGCCAGCGGGAGGAGGCCCUCGCCGACGCGCGACGUCGACCUCUUCGUCGCGGCCGCCAAGCACGUGCCCGAAAGCGACGACGGCGGAGGCGGCGGAGGCGGAGGCGCCGGGCCGACGCCGGGCGGAACCGGCGACGGCGGGGACGGAGCGCCGGGGCUCGGCGUGCGGAAGAGCAGCAGCGAGACGGCGCUGGACGCCAUCGGAGGGGACGGCGGGCGCACGGCGAGGGGCUUGGGCGGCUUGGGCGGCAUGAGCAUCCUGAGCGAGGUGGACGAGCGCUACCACGCGCUGCUGGAGCGCUACGACGAGCUUCUCGCGCGCCAGCGGCGCCCCAGCUUCGUCGCCGCGGCCGCCGCGGGCGCCGCGCUCCGAGCGGGGCGCAGCGCCAACGCGGCCGUGCAGACGGCGGCGGAGGUCAGCGGUGACGACGGCGGCGGCGGCGGCAGCGGCGGCGACGGCGGCGGCGGAGACGGCGGCGAUGGCAGAGGCGUCAAACUCCAGCGCCGGCUGAGCCAGCACCAGCCGGAGUACAAGGCGCUGUUCGAAGAGAUUUUCUUGCGCAUUCAAAGGAGCCGAGCUGCGGACGACACGGAGCCCUGACACGGAGCUCUCAUACGGAGCCCUGACACGGAGCUCUGAUACGGAGCGCCGACACGGAGCUCUGACACGGAGCCCCCACACGGAGCCCCCACACGGAGCCCCCACACGGAGCCCCGACACGGAGUCCUGACACGGAGCCCCGACACGGAGCUCUGACACGGAGCCCCGACACGGAGCUCUGACACAGAGCUCUGAUACGGAGCCUCCACACGGAGCCCUGACACGGAGUCCUGACACGGAGCCCCGACACGGAGCUCUGACACGGAGCCCCGACACGGAGCUCUGACACGGAGCUCCGACACGGAGCUCUGCCCCGGGCCCCGACACGGAGCUCUGACACAAAGCCCCGACACGGAGCCCCGACACGGAGCCCCGACACGGAGCCCUGACACUGAGUCCCGACACGGAGCUCUGACACGGAGCCCUGACACGGAGCCCCGACACGGAGCCCCAACACGGAGCUCCGACACGGAGCUCUGACACGGAGCCCCGACACGGAGCUCUGACACAAAGCCCCGACACGGAGCCCUGACACUGAGUCCCGACACGGAGCCCAGACACGGAGCUCUGACACGGAGCCCUGACACAGAGCUCUGACACGGAGCCCCGAUACGGAGCCCCGACACAGAGCCCUGACACAGAGCCCUGACACGGAGCCCCGACACGGAGCUCUGACACGGAGCCCCGACACGGAGCCCCAACACGGAGCUCCGACACGGAGCUCUGCCCCGGGCCCCGACACGGAGCUCUGACACAAAGCCCCGACACGGAGCCCCGACACGGAGCCCCGACACGGAGCCCUGACACUGAGACCCGACACGGAGCUCUGACACGGAGCCCUGACACGGAGCCCUGACACGGAGCCCCGACACGGAGCCCCGACACGGAGCCCCGACACGGAGCUCUGACACAAAGCCCCGACACGGAGCCCCGACACGGAGCCCUGACACGGAGCCCUGACACUGAGUCCCGACACGGAGCUCUGACACGGAGCCCUGACACGGAGCCCUGACACGGAGCCCCGACACGGAGCCCCGACACGGAGCCCUGACACGGAGAAGGGAAUUCCCAAAAUGCCGGUUUUUGUUGGGUUAGAAUCGCGUAAAUAUAUAAAUGUGUCGUUAAGCCCACCACCACCCGACACAGCCAACUAGUAAGGUUUGUCACUUAAAAAGAACGUGGCCAAUUCGUUGCUAGUACAGCAACACCAGUUGUGCGUUGGAGAACAAACCUUAAUUGGCUGUGUCAGGUGGUGGCGGGUUUCACGACACAUUUAUAUAUUUACGCGAUUCUAACCCCAAACAAACCUGUAACACGGAUGAUAUUGGUCGCGAAAGCCUACGUGUUGAAGGGAAUUCACGUGCGCCGUUUUCAUCGACGUUUUCCAACCAAAGGUUGAAAGCGUUCACGCAUUACGUGUCUGCCCGUCUGUCUCUCUGUAACGUGACGACCAAAUUGCUCUCGCAAAGAGGAUCAAAACUCCUUUCCAACUAA